GUUACACUUCUUCUCCAUAAAUUCAUCACCAUUUGACUGUGUUUUAAUGGCCGAAACAAUACAAUGAUGGACUCAGAGAGACCCCAAUAUCAGUAUCGGACCAGUGUGGCGAACACAAGCAGUAGUAGCAACGAGCUAUUAGUCUGCUUCGCCUCUCGCCUCUCUUCCUCCUCCAUGAAACUGUCAUCAAAAUCAAUGUUGAGCCCAGGUCGCACGCGAGACCCUCCACUUUCUCUCUCCAACUCUCGCAGUCGAAGACUCCGAACCAAUGGAAGCAUCAAAGCAGCAGGACAAGCCUCGCCCAUGUUCCCCAGAAAAAGAGGCUGCGCUGCAUUCGAAAACCCAGAGCCUUCUUCCCCCAAAGUCACCUGCAUUGGCCAGGUUCGAGUCAAGACCAAGAAGCAAGACAAUCAGAUGAGGACUCUCUCAAGGAGGAGGGGAUCAGGGGAGGUGAGUUUUCGAAAAACAGAGCAGCAGGGUACCCAUGAAGGGAUGAUAAAUCAAAGUCUUCCUUCCAAGUCUAAUGAUGAAGCAACAAAUGCAAAUAAUGAUCAUCAUCAGGAGUGUUUGUCUCAGAGGAAUCAGAGAUGGGCGAUUUGUGAAGGUUUGAGAGCGUUUGGGGCUGAUCAAUUCAGCUGUCUGUUUCCGUGCUUGAGCCAAAGGGGGAGGGAGGAGAAGGCCGGGAAGGGAAGGAAUGGGGGUGAGAAUACUAGUUCUUGUGGGGCGGUGUUUGCGAGGUGGUUUGUGGCUUUGCAGGAUGGUGAUGGUGAUGGUGAUGGUGAGGAUGGAGGAAAAGGGAGGGAGAUAGAGUUGGUGGUGGGAGGAGGAGAGGAAGAGAGAAGAAGAGAGUUGAUAAAAGAGACAACUUUGAGAAGGCAUGUGGUGGAAGAGAUGGAGAUCAGAGAUGAGAAAUGUAAAAUGAAAGAAGAGGAAGAGGAAGAGGAAGAGGGAGAGGAAGGGAGAGUGAGUGUUUGUAUUCCUCCAAAGAAUGCUCUUUUGUUGAUGAGGUGCAGAUCUGAUCCCAUGAGAAUGUCAGCUCUUGCUAAUCGGAUUUGGGAAUCAGCUUUGCCUCAAGAAGAAGAAGAAGGAGGAGGAGGAAAUGAGGAAGAACAUGCCAAUGUGGAGGAAGAUGAAAUACAAGGUGAGUUUGUAAUGGUAGAUAAAGAGAAUGAAGUGUGUGAAAUGUGGGUUUCAGAUGAAGUUUAUGAAAAACAAGAAGAAAACCAAGAAGCAGAGACAAAUGUUGUAACAGAGAUGCAAGAAGAAGUUGAAGAAGAAGAAGAAGAAGAAGAAGAAGAAGAAGAAGAAGAAGAAGAAGAAGAAGAAGAGGAAAGAGAAAACCCACAUGAAAAAUUAGAUAUCAAUGAGGAAUUAUUACGAGAAGGAAUUCAAGAAAAGGAAGAAGAAGAAGAAGAAGUGCAUCUAGAGAUGACCCAGAUAUUAGGAGAAGAAGAAAAUGUGUUGGAUAGUUCUUUCACUGAGGCUCUGGUGGAUCAAGAAGCUGUAAAACAAGAAAAAGAAGCAAACUUGGUUCAAGAAGAAGAAGAAGAGAGAAGAGAAAGUGACUCUUGUGCUGUAUUGUCAUCCAGACAGUCAGUUUCAGAUGAUGAAGCUGAACCAGAGUUUGAAGCGUCAGCAGAAAUAGAAGCAUUGGAAGAAGAAACAGUAGAGGAGUCAACGGAAGAGAAAGAGACCCAUGAGAGACUUUUGGAAGAAGAAGAUGAAGAGAUAGUGACCCAAGACAGAUCCAAGCCAGAAGAAGAUACCAAAGAAAACUAUGAUAAAGAGAGAGAAACCCAUGAUGAGAAGAAGGAAGAGAGAGAAAGCUCAGUGUUGCCGGACUGCUUGGUGUUGAUGAUGUGCGAGCCCAAGCUAUCCAUGGAGGUCUCCAAGGAGACAUGGGUCUGCAACACAGAUUUCAUCCGAUGUUUACCCCAGAGGCUAGUCAACCCAAAGCACGGUGGUGAUCCGCCAAAGAAGACCACCUGUAAUAAUAUUCCUACGCAACAGCAGCUGCUGCCGAGGUCGUCUUGCUCAUUACCGGCGCCGCCCUCCGCCGUCGCAUCCAUGGCUGCGAUGAUAGAGCAGAAGUUAAUGAACGCCGUGGCGUACGAGCCGUUGGUGCUUACUCGGUGCCAGUCAGCGCCGAUGAGGACGGCGGCUCAGGUUGCGCCGCAUGCUUAUUUCUGGAAGGGCAGAAAGCUUGAGCCGUAUCGCCGUGCUACGGUUGGCGUCGGCGCGGCUGGUGUUGGGUUCUGAGCUGAGCUGGCAAGAAAUUUUCUGGUCGUGGUCAAUCGUAUCGGAAACAGCAGUGUUGGCAUUGUGCGUUUUAUGCUCUGGCUUUGUUUGUACAUUUUUUUUUAGGAUUUAUUUUAAUUUAGAGUAUUCUCUUUCUUUUUCUUUUUAAAUUCCAAGUACUUUAAUACAGUACUAUUAUCUGUU